AGCUCAAGCGAUUCUCCUGCCUCAACCUCCUGAGUAGCUGGGACUACAGAUAUGUCAUUUCAGCACCAAAACUAUUCCGUGUUGGAGCAUCUGAAAACAUUGUGAUUCAAGUUUAUGGAUACACUGAAGCAUUUGAUGCGACAAUCUCUAUUAAAAGUUAUCCUGAUAAAAAAUUUAGUUACUCCUCAGGCCAUGUUCAUUUAUCCUCAGAGAAUAAAUUCCAAAACUUGGCAGUCUUAACAAUACAACCAAAACAAUUACCUGGAGGACAAAACCAAGUUUCUUAUGUGUAUUUGGAAGUUGUAUCAAAGCAUUUUUCAAAAUCAAAAAAAAUUCCAAUAACCUAUGACAAUGGAUUUCUCUUCAUUCAUACAGACAAACCUGUUUAUACUCCAGACCAGUCAGUAAAGGUUAGAGUUUAUUCGUUGAAUGAUGACUUGAAGCCAGCCAAAAGAGAAACUGUCUUAACUUUCAUAGAUCCUGAAGGAUCAGAAGUUGACAUGGUAGAAGAAAUUGAUCACAUUGGAAUUAUCUCUUUUCCUGACUUCAAGAUUCCGUCUAAUCCUAGAUAUGGUAUGUGGACGAUCCAGGCUAAAUAUAAAGAGGACUUUUCAACAACUGGAACUGCAUUUUUUGAAGUUAAAGAAUAUGUCUUGCCACAUUUUUCUGUCUCAAUAGAACCAGAAAGUAAUUUCAUUGGUUAUAAGAACUUUAAGAAUUUUGAAAUUACUAUAAAAGCAAGAUAUUUUUAUAAUAAAGUAGUCACUGAGGCUGAUGUUUAUAUCACAUUUGGAAUAAGAGAAGACUUAAAAGAUGAUCAAAAAGAAAUGAUGCAAACAGCAAUGCUAAACACAAUGUUGAUAAAUGGAAUUGCUCAAGUCACAUUUGAUUCUGAAACAGCAGUCAAAGAACUGUCAUACUACAGUUUAGAAGAUUUAAACAACAAGUACCUUUAUAUUGCUGUAACAGUCAUAGAGUCUACAGGUGGAUUUUCUGAAGAGGCAGAAAUACCUGGCAUCAAAUAUGUCCUCUCUCCCUACAAACUGAAUUUGGUUGCUACUCCUCUUUUCCUGAAGCCUGGGAUUCCAUAUUCCAUCAAGGUGCAGGUUAAAGACCCGCUUGACCAGUUGGUAGGAGGGGUCCCAGUAACACUGAAUGCACAAACAAUUGAUGUCAACCAAGAGACAUCUGACUUGGAGCCAAGGAAAAGUGUAACACGUGUUGAUGAUGGAGUAGCUUCGUUUGUGGUUAAUCUCCCAUCUGGAGUGACGGUGCUGGAGUUUAAUGUCAAAACUGAUGCUCCAGAUCUUCCAGACGAAAAUCAGGCCAGGGAAGGUUACCGAGCAAUAGCAUACUCAUCUCUCAGCCAAAGUUACCUUUAUAUCGAUUGGACUGAUAACCAUAAGGCUUUGCUAGUGGGAGAAUAUUUGAAUAUUAUUGUUACCCCCAAAAGCCCAUAUAUUGACAAAAUAACUCACUAUAAUUACUUGAUUUUAUCCAAGGGCAAAAUUAUCCACUUUGGCACAAGGGAGAAACUUUCAGAUGCAUCUUAUCAAAGUAUAAACAUUCCAGUAACACAGAACAUGGUUCCUUCAUCCCGACUCCUGGUCUAUUACAUCGUCACAGGAGAGCAGACAGCAGAAUUAGUGUCUGAUUCAGUCUGGUUAAAUAUUGAAGAAAAAUGUGGCAACCAGCUCCAGGUUCAUCUGUCUCCUGAUGCAGAUACAUAUUCUCCAGGCCAAACUGUGUCUCUUAAUAUGGUAACUGGGAUGGAUUCCUGGGUGGCAUUAACAGCAGUGGACAGCGCUGUGUAUGGAGUCCAAAGAAGAGCCAAAAAGCCCUUGGAAAGAGUAUUUCAAUUCUUAGAGAAGAGUGAUCUGGGCUGUGGGGCAGGUGGUGGCCUCAACAAUGCCAAUGUGUUCCACCUAGCUGGACUUACCUUCCUCACUAAUGCAAAUGCAGAUGACUCCCAAGAAAAUGAUGAACCUUGUAAAGAAAUUAUAAGGCCAAGAAGAAUGCUGAAAAAGAAGAUAGAAGAAAUAGCUGCUAAAUAUAAACAUUUCGUAGUGAAGAAAUGUUGUUACGAUGGAGCCUGCAUUAAUGAUGAUGAAACCUGUGAGCAGCGAGCUGCACGGAUUAGCGUAGGGCCGAGAUGCGUCAAAGCUUUCACCGAAUGUUGUGUCGUCGCAAGCCAGCUCCGUGCUAAUAUGUCUCAUAAAGACAUGCAAUUGGGAAGGCUACCUAUAAUCAUCUGGUUUGGCUUCAGCUGGAUAGAAUUCUCUCUCUGCAGCCCCCUCCUUCCUGGAACUCUGCUCCUCAUUCCAGACAACUUGGCCUUGCAAAACUCCCAUCUGUGUUGCCACAAGUCUUCAAAAUCAUCAGGCUCUCCUUGUAUUCCUCUCCCUGCCCUGAUCUGUAAACUGCCUCUAGACAACAUGAAGACCCUGUUACCAGUAAGCAAGCCAGAAAUUCGGAGUUAUUUUCCAGAAAGCUGGUUAUGGGAAGUUCAUCUUGUUCCCAGAAGAAAACAGUUGCAGUUUGCCCUACCUGAUUCUGUAACUACCUGGGAAAUUCAAGGUGUUGGCAUUUCAAACAGUGGUAUAUGUGUUGCUGAUACUAUUAAGGCAAAGGUGUUCAAAGAUGUCUUCCUGGAAAUGAAUAUACCAUAUUCUGUUGUACGAGGAGAACAGGUCCAGUUGAAAGGAACUGUUUACAACUAUAGGACUUCUGGGAUGCAGUUCUGUGUUAAAAUGUCUGCUGUGGAGGGAAUCUGCACUUCGGAAAGCCCAGUCAUUGAUCAUCAGGGCACAAAGUCCUCCAAAUGUGUGCGCCAGAAAGUAGAGGGCUCCUCCAAUCACUUGGUGACCUUUACUGUGCUUCCUCUGGAAAUUGGCCUUCAGAACAUCAAUUUCUCACUGGAGACUUCAUUUGGAAAAGAAAUCUUAGUAAAAUCAUUACGAGUGGUGCCAGAAGGUGUCAAAAGGGAAAGCUAUUCUGGUGUUACUUUGGAUCCUAGGGGUAUUUAUGGUACCAUUAGCAGACGAAAGGAGUUCCCAUACAGGAUACCAUUAGAUUUGGUCCCCAAAACAGAAAUCAAAAGGAUUUUGAGUGUAAAAGGACUGCUUGUAGGUGAGAUCUUGUCUGCAGUUCUAAGUCAGGAAGGCGUCAAUAUCCUAACCCACCUCCCCAAAGGGAGUGCAGAGGCCGAGCUGAUGAGCAUUGUCCCAGUAUUCUAUGUUUUUCACUACCUGGAAACAGGAAAUCAUUGGAAUAUUUUUCAUUCAGACCCAUUAAUUGAAAAGCGGAACCUGAAGAAAAAAUUAAAAGAAGGGUUGGUGAGCAUUAUGUCCUACAGAAAUGCUGACUAUUCUUACAGCGUGUGGAAGGGUGGCAGUGCUAGCACUUGGUUAACAGCUUUUGCUUUAAGAGUACUUGGACAAGUACAUAAAUAUGUAGAACAGAACCAAAAUUCAAUAUGUAAUUCUUUAUUGUGGCUGGUUGAGAAUUAUCAAUUAGAUAAUGGAUCUUUCAAGGAAAACUCACAGUAUCAACCAAUAAAAUUACAGGGUACCUUGCCUGUUGAAGCCCGAGAGAACAGCUUAUAUCUUACAGCCUUUACUGUGAUUGGAAUUAGAAAGGCUUUUGAUAUAUGCCCCCUGGUGAAAAUCAACACAGCUCUAAUUAAAGCUGACACCUUUCUGCUUGAAAAUACACUGCCAGCCCAGAGCACCUUUACAUUGGCCAUUUCUGCCUAUGCUCUUUCCCUGGGAGAUAAAACUCACCCACAGUUUCGUUCAAUUGUUUCAACUUUGAAGAGAGAAGCUUUGGUUAAAGGUAAUCCACCCAUUUAUCGUUUUUGGAAAGACAAUCUUCAACAUAAAGACAGCUCUGUACCUAACACUGGUACAGCACGUAUGGUAGAAACAACUGCCUAUGCUUUACUCACCAGUCUGAACUUGAAAGACAUAAAUUAUGUUAACCCAAUCAUCAAAUGGCUAUCAGAAGAGCAGAGAUACGGAGGUGGCUUUUAUUCAACCCAGGACACAAUCAAUGCCAUCGAGGGCCUGACAGAAUAUUCACUCCUGGUUAAACAGCUCCGCUUGAAUAUGGACAUCGAUGUCGCUUACAAGCAUAAAGGUCCCUUACAUAAUUACAAAAUGACAGACAAGAAUUUCCUUGGGAGGCCAGUAGAGGUGCUUCUCAAUGAUGACCUUGUUGUCAGUACAGGAUUUGGCAGUGGCUUGGCUACGGUACAUGUAACAACUGUAGUUCACAAAACCAGUACCUCUGAAGAAGUUUGCAGCUUUCAUUUGAAAAUUGAUACUCAGGAUAUUGAAGCAUCCCACUACAGAGGCUACGGAAACUCUGAUUACAAACGCAUAGUAGCAUGUGCCAGCUACAAGCCCAGCAGGGAAGAAUCAUCUUCCGGAUCCUCUCAUGCAGUGAUGGAUAUCUCCUUGCCUACUGGAAUCAAUGCAAAUGAAGAAGACUUAAAAGCUCUUGUGGAAGGGGUGGAUCAGCUACUCACUGAUUACCAAAUCAAAGAUGGACAUGUUAUUCUGCAACUGAAUUCGAUCCCCUCCAGUGAUUUCCUUUGUGUACGAUUCCGGAUUUUUGAACUCUUUGAAGUUGGGUUUCUUAGUCCUGCCACUUUCACAGUGUAUGAAUACCACAGACCAGAUAAACAGUGUACCAUGUUUUAUAGCACUUCCAAUAUCAAAAUUCAGAAAGUCUGUGAAGGAGCCACGUGCAAGUGUGUAGAAGCUGAUUGUGGGCAAAUGCAGAAAGAAUUGGAUCUGACAAUCUCUGCAGAGACUAGAAAACAAACAGCAUGUAACCCAGAGAUUGCAUAUGCUUAUAAAGUUAGCAUCACAUCCAUCACUACAGAAAAUGUUUUUGUCAAAUACAAGGCAACCCUUCUGGAUAUCUACAAAACUGGGGAAGCUGUUGCUGAGAAAGACUCUGAAAUCACCUUCAUUAAAAAGGUAACCUGCACUAACGCUGAGCUGGUGAAAGGAAGACAGUACUUAAUUAUGGGGAAAGAAGCUCUCCAGAUAAAAUACAAUUUCAGUUUCAGGUACAUCUACCCUUUAGAUGCCUUGACCUGGAUUGAAUACUGGCCUAGAGACACAACAUGUUCAUCGUGUCAAGCAUUUUUAGCUAAUUUAGAUGAAUUUGCUGAAGACAUCUUUUUAAAUGGAUGCUAAAAUUCCUGAAGUUCAGCUGCAUACAGUUUGCACUUAUGGACUCCUGUUGUUGAAGUUUGUUUUUUUUUUUCUCGUUUUUUUUUCUUUAAACAUUCACAGCUGGUCUUAUUUGUAAAGCUCACUUUACUUAGAAUUAGUGGCACUUGCUUUUAUUAGAGAAUGAUUUUAAACGCUGUAACUUUCUGAAAUAACAUGGCCUUGGAGGGCAUGAAGACAGAUACUCCUCCAAGGUUAUUGGACACCGGAAACAAUAAAUUGGAACACCUCCUCAAACCUACCACUCAGGAAUGUUUGCUGGGGCCGAAAGAACAGUCCAUUGAAAUGGAGUAUUACAAAAACAUGGCCUUUGCUUGAAAGAAAAUACCAAGGGACAGGAAACUGAUCAUUAAAGCCUGAGUUUGCUUUCAAA